AUGAAGGGUCCUACUGAACCGAAGGCUGCCCAACCGGGGAAGCCGGCGAACGGUAAACAACAGACACCGACGACGCCCACAAUGACAUCCACAACGACACCCACAACGCCACCGCAACCAGCCGAAGCCAUCGCCCCUAACACCACCACCACCGCCACCAGCGGAAAGGCCCCGCAGACCCAGCGAAAGAGCCCGGAAAAGACUCCACAAUCUCAAUCGCCCAAGACGCCGUCUCCGCCCAAGGCCCCGCCCACUGCCAAGGCGCCGUCUCCACCGAAGACGGCCCCAGCCUCGCGUCCCGCGCCCAAACCGAGCACACCACCCGUCUCCAAAAAACCCGAACCCCCGCCGAAGCCCGAGUUCCUGAAGAAGAAGUCUCCGUCGGUCGAAAAGGAUAAGCUGCCCGCCAAAGUCCAGGUCCAGCCAGCGGCUGCAACUGCACCGACCACCCAAGCCCCCAGUUCUCCCGUGUCAGCGCCCGCUUCCGCCACCGUUCCUGUCACUCCACCGCCUGCCUCUGCCGCCGCCAACGACCACGUAGAUUCGGCUGCGGCCGCAGCCCGGCUAAACGAUGAGGUGACCCCGGACGGUGCCAAGAAGCCCGGUGCCCCGGAAGUGCCGCCGAAGCCGGAUGUGCACAGCAAGAGCGCGGCCAAGAUGAAGACCCCCAUCAAGCAGCCGGGCGGCAAGGCCUCGACGGUCGCCGGCGGCAGCGGAGCUAAGUAG